AUGAGGCAGCAACAACACCACACAGUCGACAGUCUUCCCUGGUACCAGGACACCAUCUGGGCUAGACUGGUCAACAAGCUUUCACACGGCAAACGGUUUCCUCACCCUGAACAGAGAGUUAGCUUUGUUCUGCCCGAGCAAUACUUGCCAGGAUACAAGUCCGAGCUCUUUUCACAGCAGCAGAUCCGACAACACGAGCCAAUUUCAUUGUCGACAUCUUUAUCUAUCCGUGGCUCCUCUUCGGACGGGAAUCUCGAAGCGUCAGAAAAGGGGCAGCCAACUAGCCCGGAGAACGUUUCUCAAAACAACGCUUCAGCCCAGAAAGACGGAACGGGCACCAUCAAGGAAGCAAACAACCUCGAAGCUCCUCCGAACGAUAUGAACAACGAAGACGACCCUUACCUCGUGCACUGGAGUGGACCGGGUGAUCCGGAGAACCCGCUCAAUUGGAGCCCGAAACGCAAGAUAUUCGUAACUGGCCUCCUGUGUUUGCUCACGUUCUCCGUCUACCUUGGCUCGGCCAUUUACACUCCUGGGAUUGUUCUCAUUGCUGAUUAUUUCGGCGUCGGCACUGUCACGGCUACUCUCGGACUCACUCUCUUCGUAGUAGGGUAUGGAACUGGUCCUAUGCUCGGUCUCACAGCCGCUUCAGAGAUCCCAGCCAUUGGCAGAACUCUUCCCUACGUGGUCACGCUGUUUUUCUUCUUCAUUCUACAGAUCCCUACAGCCCUGACUAGUAACAUAGCUGGCUUUAUGGUACUCCGAUUUCUGACUGGUCUGUUCGGUUGUCCGCCUCUUGCUACUGGCGGUGCAAGUAUUGGAGACAUGUUCGAACCUACGACCCGGCCAUUCGCCAUGGGCGCAUGGGGAAUUUCAGCUAUUCUUGGUCCCGUCCUUGGUCCAGUCGUUGGCGGUUUUGCAGCUCAACACUACGGCACCCAAGGUUUCAGAUGGACCAUAUGGCCUCUGCUAAUGCUGUCUGGAUUCACUCUCAUCGUCCUCGUCGUCGCUUUGCCAGAAACUUCGUCCUCAAACAUUCUCUUUCGACGUUGCAAGCGCUUACGAAAAAAAACCAAUAACAUGCAUCUGCGCACCAAGGGCGAGAUGAUGAUCGCUCACCUUACCGGCAAGGAGAUCGCCCUCAUGACAUUUGUGCGACCCUUCGUCCUCUCUUUCACCGAGCCCAUCGUUCUCGGCAUCAAUCUUCACAUCGGCCUCGUUUACGGUAUCCUGUACCUCUGGUUCGAGUGCUUUCCCAUCGUGUUCGUUGAAACUUACGGUUUCAACCUUGGUGAGCAAGGUCUGGCUUUCUCUGGCAUUGUCGUUGGCGCAAUCUUGGCCUACUCGGCAUUCUGCCUCUGGGUCAAGUACUCGUACAUACCCCUUUACAUCGAAAACAAGGGCAAGGUGGGCCCCGAAAAGUGGCUCGAGCCAGCUGUAAUCGCUGCUUGGGCGAUCCCAAUUUGCAUGUUUGGUUUUGGAUGGACAGCCAAUCGAUCCAUUCAUUGGAUUGUACCCAUCAUCUUUUCCGCCUUCUUCGCUAUCGGUACGUUCCCGCUGUUCCAAUGCGGCUUGGCAUAUCUUGCGGAUUGCUACCCGGACUAUCUCGCCAGCGUUUUUAGCGGAAACGACUUCUUCCGUUCUGGCAUUGGUGCCGCUUUGCCCUUGGUCGGCCAUGCCAUGUUUAGCAAUUUGCAGAAAAAUGGACCAGUUCAAUUUCCAGUCGCAUGGGGAUGCUUCUUGAUCGGUUGCAUUUCUUUGGUCAUGGCACCCAUCCCGCUGUUGCUGUACAGGUACGGGCCCAGGCUGCGCACAUGGUCUUCGUACGCUCUCGACCCCGCAAGUAAGUAG